AUGCAACGACUGACGCAGCUGGCUGCGGGAGACAAGGCUAAAACUUGUUAUUUCGUGAGAGUUAUUCAACUCAGCCCAUCACUCAAAGCGCAUUCCGAGAAGCACAGCAGCCUAUCAAGAGCUGCGCCCCAGCAGCAGGACCCCGCUUGGCCGCGACAGCCGGAGCAGGAGGAAAAAAUGGCCUUUGCUUGCCUUGCGUUUUCUGUGAGCGCUCGUUACCUCUCGGCUCUUGGGGCGCAGUACCCAUCACUCCGGUCUGGCGGCAGGCUCCAAUUCAACAGCGGACCCACUGUUGCCUCUAAGCCGUACUCUUCUUCUUCAGGACGUUCAUGUGAAGCGGUGAGGGCUGGAGACAGCCUCAGGGCUGCGUACCCGCAGGAACUCACCAAAGGGCAUUCUUCUGACCCCGCCUCCAGCAGCAGCAGCGGCUUAGAGCCGCAGGGCACUCCCCUUUCUGCUCAGCGCAGCAUGAAGGAAGGGCGGCCGCAACAACAGCAACAACAGCAGCAACAGCGGCAACAACUGCAGCAGCAGCAGCACGAGCAGAAGGGCUGGGCAUUUUCGACAUUUCUCGGCUCUCCCCACUAUAUUUCAACAAUCAAGAUGGGUUUUCUUUCGCGAAUGCGCCGCGAUAAGCGGAGCUGUGAUGGCAGCAACAGUUUCUGCUGCAGCAAGAGCGAGGCGGACUCGGAAUGCAGCAGCCUGCGUCAAGAUGUCUGCGACACCCUGCAGCAGCAGCAGCUGCUGCCGACGCCAUCCUAUGCGCUUGACCAGUGGUCCUUUCCCUCAAGCCGCAGUGGGCUCCGCAACAGCAACAACAGCAGCAACGGCAGCAGCAACAGCAACAGCAACGCCAACCGCCUCUUCUCUCGCCUUGCUACCCACGGCGCGGCCUUCCCAGCAGAGGCCCCUCGAAUGACGGGUCGCUGCAUCAGCGGGACAGCUUCACUGUCCCGUCAAGAUAAUUUACUCGCUGGAGCAGCAGCAGCGGCAACGGUGUCGCCGCAUGGGCAGCGGUGCCUUCAGCGCAACCAGAACUCGAUCGUGCCCUGCUGUUGCUGCAGCGACAGCAGCACGCACAGCGGCGGCAGCAAUGAAUUGUGCCGAGCACGCUGGUGCGCGGGUGCAUGCUCUUCGGGUCUUCUGCUGCAGCAACAGCAGCAGCAGCCCAAACAGCAACAGACACCGCAGCAACCCCCGGCUGGGAUGGUGUUGAAUGUGCCGACUUUAAUUGAGUCUCGUGGAGUUAAGUGCCUCAUCUUGGACGCUCCCACAAAUGAAAACCUGCAGGCCUAUCUGGCGCAGCUGGUGCAGGUGGGUGUUACUGAUCUCGUGCGCACCUGCCCCCCAACAUAUGACGAAGGCCCUGUGAUUGGAGCUGGGAUCCGCGUGCACGAUUUAACUUUCCCUGAUGGGGAAGCUCCACCUGCUGAAGUCAUUGCGCGCUGGAGAGCUCUGGCGGCACAGGCACAGGCAGAGGGAGGGGUGCUGGCGGUGCACUGCGUCGCGGGGCUCGGCAGGGGCCCUGUACUUGUGGCGGUUUCCCUGAUAGACAGCGGUUUCGAAGCAGAGGAGGCCGUCAACUUCAUUCGCUCCCGCAGAAAAGGGGCUAUCAACAGACGGCAACUGGCCUUCCUACACAACUACCGGCGCCACGCCGUGGCGUCCCGUCGGUGCAUGCGGAGGUGCAACAUUAUGUGA